GGGUGACCCCAAACCUAAGGGGGGUGAUGUAACUUUUGAAAUGUGGAAGCAUGAGAUUGACUGUCUGGCUACAGAUGAUAGUUGCAGCCCCAUUACACUUGCACGGCUAGCAAGGCGCUCGCUGCGAGGGGAGGCAGGGCAGCUAGUCCUGAAUUUAAAUGUAGAUGCAACUGUUGAAGAGAUAGUUAGUAAAUUAGAGGGAUUCUAUGGAACUGUAGAGUCUGGGGCAGUGUUGCUCCAGCAAUUGUACUCGGCUCGGCAAGGAAACGAGGAGUCAAUAACUGCAUACAGUGCCCGCCUGCAGUUGGCUAUUGAUAAAGUAGAACAUAGAAAGGGGAUCUCACCUAAUGCCACAGAUGAAACUCUGCGAGUGGUAUUUUGGAAGGGUUUGGCAAAUGAGUCCCUUAAACAAGCAAUUAGGCACAAAUAUGAGAUUGUUAGAACUUUUGAUGAGUUAGUGAGGGUAGCUAGGCAAGCUGAACAGGAGCAUGAAGAUUUUCAAAAAUUCCACUCCAACUCCCAGCGCUCACGCCCAAAUCGAGUAGGGGUAAAUGCUACUACAUUAGUAGAUAACAAGCCGGACUUAAUAAAGGAGCUGAAAGAAAUUAAAGAUAAACUUAAGGAAAUGGAAAUGCAAGCAGCUAGCAAGGAAAGCAUCAAUAACUCAAGCAGACCUGUCCGUCCCCGUGUCCCAAGAGGACCUUGUUACAACUGUGGACAACCUGGCCACAUUGCCCGAGAAUGCCAAGCUCCCCUUCCUCCUCCCCAGGCUUUCUUCUCUUCUACACCUCCCCCAUUGCUUCCCCAGCCUUCACCUCAACCUAUUACCCCUCCCCAAAACAUGCAUGUCCCUUUAAACAGAGGGCGGGCAGUAGGUCUAUCCUCUGUCAGUCAGAAGACAGAAUUAACCAGCCUCCCUUCGAAUGUAUUGUGUGAUAAAAUGAUAGGUAAGGCAAAUGAGUCCUUAGCGAUUGUCAAUGGUCAGCAAUGUAGUUGCCUUAUUGACACUGGGUCUCAGAUAACCACUAUUUCCCUUUCUUUAAUUCUCACCUUCCAAGAAACUCAUUGCAUAGCAUAG